AUGGGUUUGAUUGAUCUUGUUAUCUCAUUUCAUUUGCCAGCUUUGCUCAAUAGCUUUAUCAUACUCGCAAUCACAGGGAUCGCAUUGCCUUCCAUUGGCGACAAUCUUUACUCGGGAAGCAAAGAUGGAACCCUCAGAGUUUGGAAUUGUCAUACUGGAUUAUGUGAGAGGGUCAUCAACCUCGGCGCUGAAAUUUUUUCAAUGAUUCACGAGGGGCCUUGGAUUUUUAUGGGCUUUCAAAAUCUUGUUAAGGCCUGGAAUUGUCAAAAGGAUGUAGGAUUCAAUUUAGAUGGACCUAUUGGUCAAGUUUGCGUGAUGGAUUUUGGCGACGACAAAUUAUUUGCUGGGACAGAGAGUGGGCAAAUACUGGUCUGGAAACUUAAUUCUGAAAGUGAAACUGAUAAUCCCUUUCAACCGGAGAUCGCGCUUGAAGGUCACACUAAUGGAGUAGUUUGCAUAACUAUUGGUUAUAAGAUGUUGUACUCUGGCUCUACGGAUGGUACAAUAAAGCAAUGGGAUCUUGAUACUUUACAAUGCCUUAGGACGGUGAAGAGACAUUCUAGUGCAGUGAUGUCUCUCGCUUGCUGGAAUAAUUAUCUGGUUUCUUGUUCAUUGGAUGGGACAAUAAAGGCAUGGGAUUAUACGCAAGAAGGUGACUUGGAAGUGUGCUAUACGCACGAGGAGGAACAGGGUGUUCUUGCGCUUGGUGGGAUGAAUAUCCCUGUGAUGCCGAUGCCGAUGCCGAAUCAAGACCAAAGGCGUGAUAUUUUGUUAUGCUCACGCGACGAUCAUUCUGUCCAUCUAUAUGAGCUACCAUCUUUUGAGAAGAAGGGACAAAUAGUUGCAAGACAAGAAGCUCGAUCAAUUCACAUCCAAGAUGGCACCGGAGUCUUUUUCAUUGGAGAUGCGACUGGCAUUAUCACUGUGGGUAAAAUCACACAAGUGUACUCUGAUUGAUGCCCACUUUUGUUUCAUUUGCUCCGAGCCCAUGACAUGGGCUAUAGCUGUAACUAGCAAACAUUGUAUAUAUAUAAGUUUCAUACGUAGCUUCUUUAAGGUUGUUGGGAAACUAA